AAAAACAAGCCCUGACCUCCUCCACUGCUACUUUUGCUCAAUUAGAUAAAGCAUCUGCUUGUUUAUUGUCUUCCACUGUGGAUCAUUGAUUCUAGAGCCUCAAAUCAUAUGGCUAUUUCUUCUAGUCAAUUAUCUCACUUCCACUUUGUAGUCCCAUCUCGCAAUGUUACACUUGUCAAUGGGUUCUAAUCACACAUUUCAGGUUUGGGUAGUUUGCAACUUGGUCCUUCUUUAUUGUUGUCUUUUGUCUUUACUUGUUCCUUUGUUCUACUUUAGUUUGUUAUCUAUAAGUAAGAUUAUUUGUUCCCUUAAUUGUUUAUUAAUUUUUUAUCUCUCCUUUUGUGUCUUCCACGAUCUCAAGAUGAAGAGAAAAAUUGGUACGGUGAAUUUGGUGGUUUCUAUUACUUUGACUUUGAGCCCCUCACAAAGCCUUACAAACCUCUUUAUCUCCUUUGCAGUAGCAUUGUCGUCUUUGACUUCCAUCCCUUUCUCUUUUGAAGUCUCAAGUUUUUAGUCUAAGUAGUUUGUCAUCUUUUUUUUGUGAAGCAUGUCAACUUAGU